AUGGCGUCCUUUUGGGUACAGAUGCAUGGCGUUCCGUUGCUAAAUAUGACCACUGUGGUGGCCAAAAAAAUUGGUGCAGUUCUGGGGCAAGUGUUGGACAUUGACCAUACAGAGGGGGACAAAUGUAUAGGGCGGUUCCUACGCGUGCGCAUUCGGACAGAUGUGCGGCAACCGCUUAUGCGGGUUGCGUUCGUUGAGUUUCCUGAAGAAGAUGCAAUUUGGGUGAACUUUCGCUAUGAAUUUUUGCCCGAAUACUGCUUUCUCUGUGGGUGUUUGGGACAUCCCAAUCGUAUUUGUGUUGAGAAACUGGCGUCGGCGGCUAGUUCUCAAAAUAUGCAGGAUCAGAUGAUGGCUUUUGCAGGGUUAGAGGCAAGUGAGGACUUGCGCGGACGAAAAGAGUCUUCUGACUCCAGCCCUUGGGUUUCUGGGGACAAUGCUGCUGGGCAUAUUCACAGGCCCAGGUCUUUUUUUUCCUAG